GAGUCCUUAUACUUCUCCUUACAGCUAAAAAGCAGCAGAAAACUUGAGUGCCCUGCUCUCUUCUUGUUAAACACCAUAAGAUCACAUUCAUAAGCCUCUGAACUUUUUCUCUCCUCUCCCUUUAUCUCUCUCUCUCUCUCUUUUUCACCUCCAGUGUGUGUUGUUCUAUGUGCUAUUGGAAAGGUUUUGUGAGGGGGAUAUAACGUUUUCUUCUACCAUCCAUCUAUCAAAAAGCAAAGAAAAACAAUGAUCCCUGCAUGUUUCAGCAGCCCAGAAUCCAACUCAAACAGCUCGUCACCAACACAAAUGCCUCAAAACCUCAUUACAUGCAUUUAUCAAACUCACCUGUGCAACUCACCAACCCAUCUCACACUCACCUGGUCAAAAACCCUCUUCUCCCAUACCCUAACCAUCCAUGCACCAGGUUUUUUCUCCAUAACCAUUCCUCUGUACCCAUCAUCCUUCCCGUUCUUCAGGGCCCGGCCCGGAUCUAAAUCCAUACACUUGACCAACAGCCAUUAUAAGAAACUGAAGUUGUACUGGGACUUUACUCGGGCCAAGUUCACUCAGCAGAACUCAGCUGAGCCCGAGUCAGGUUUCUACUUUGCAAUUGCUUGCAAUUCAAGAAUGGAGUUCUUUCUUGGUGACCGGUUCGACGAGUUGACUCGGCGGGCCGAGUCGGUCUUUUCCAGAGUCCGGUACUCGGACGAGUCAACUCUGUUGUCUAGGCGAGAGCAUGUGUUUGGACGCAGGAGUUAUGUGACCCAGGCUCAAGUUAUGGGGUCCAAACAUGAAAUUGGAAUAGAUUGUGGCGGUGGAGUGCUCAAAGUAAAAGUCGACGGAGAAACAAGGCUAGUGGUCAAAAGGCUAGCUUGGAAAUUUAGGGGGAACGAGAAAAUUACUGUUGGUGGAGUGGAAGUAGAGUUUUAUUGGGAUGUGUUUAAUUGGAUAAAUAAGUGUGACAUUCACAAAAAUGGGAGUGCCCAUGGUGUAUUCAUUUUCCAAAUUGGUGAUGGUGGAAUUUGGCCUGAAAUGGUUGGAGCUGAGAAAAAAUUAAUGAGGAAAAGCUUGUCCUCUGUGGUGGCGGCCGCCGGGCAAUCGGGCAUGUCAUCGGUGUCUUUGCCACCGUCUCCGUCGUGCUCUAGUGUGUUGCAAUGGGCUGAGGAGAGUAGUGAUUGUGGAAGAAGUUCAUGUUCAUCUACAAGGUCAAGUGGGAGUGCUGGAGGAUUUUCCUUGUUAUUGUAUGCUUGGAGAAAAGAGUAGUUAAAAGGUUUGAAAUUGUGAUUCAAUUGAUCAAAUAUUAUUCUUGAUUGUUUAUAAUUGACAAUUUUAUGUCUUGCACAUUAUUGUACAACUUUGAUAUAAAUGUUUCUGAGGUUGUGCAAAUACGAAGAAAUUUUGUGUAUUCUUGUAGCAUCUGAGUGUACAAUGGACUAAGCCAUUUCCUUUUGUUCA